AAUAAUAUGUCUGCCAAAACCUCAAACGUUUUAGAAUCAGUGAAACAUUUUUUAUCAAGGAAAAAACUUAUAAUUUUUUUUUUGGUUUACCCUGGCAUGGCCGCUUUGGAAAAUAAGAAGUUUAACAUGGUGUACGAGAAUGGUGUGUACCGCCACAUGCAGUAUAUAGAGAACAUUUCUUGCACACAGAAUGGUGCUGAGUCGCUUCACCAAGUUUUUAUCAAGUCUGUACAAGAGAAGCCGGGUGGUAAGUUCCUUGGAACGAUAAAGAACGGCAAAGUGGAGUACAUCACAUACUUAGACGGAUAUAACCGUGUCAGAAAAAUAUACUCGUUCAUCAAAAAAAUGAGCCUGGACAAGGAGGAGAUUAUAGGGAUAUUCUCUGUCAACCGAGAGGAAUGGAUAGUUUCUGAACAAGCGAUUCUUAUGGUGGAUGCCAUGAGCUGCCCAUUAUAUUCUACAUUGGGGGUUGAUUCCAUAAAGCAUAUCAUCAAUGAGACUUGCAUGCGUAUUAUGUUCGUUUCGGGGGAGAAAGCAGAGUAUUUGUACGACAAAAUACUACCGAACGGUUCUAUUGGAUUAGAAAUUAUCAUAAGUUAUGACCCUAUCCCAGAAGAAACGGUUGAUCGCUUCGCAAAUCUGGGAAUAUCAGUCUAUUUCUUUGAUGAAAUAUACGAAAAUUCGACUGAGAAAGACAUAACGCUCGAUGAUCUCAAAGUGCAAAAUUCUGUAAAUGUGGAUAAUAAUAUUUACGAUAGCCUGAGAGUGUUGAAGAAAGUUCGGAACUUGUCUCGGUCUAGACUUGACGAUGUGAUAACAAUUUGCUACACGAGUGGGACCUGCGGAAAACCCAAGGGUGCCAUGCUUACGAAUCGAAAUUUUGUGUCUGCCAUAGCAGCUUUUGCUCGCGGAGAUGAUAAAGGGUCUGUAAUAGAGAUCAGCGAUUCGGUUGUUUAUAUAUCGUAUCUUCCUUUAGCGCAUGCGAUGGAAAAGAUAUGCGUGUGUGUUAUUAUGUCUGUGAAUGCUUGCAUAGCAUUCUACAGUGGAAAUCCGAAGAAUCUGCAGGAGGACAUGAAAAUCAUAAAACCAUCGUUUCUUGUCGGUGUUCCCCGUGUUUUUAACGUAUUUAAGGAGAAAAUAGAGGAAAAGGUCAAGGAGAAAGGCAUUUUAACGAGGUUAGUGUUCAACUUGGCAUUAAAAUACAAAAGAUGGAAACAGAAAAGCGGAUCUGUUUCGAGUUACAUCGUGGACAAUUUUAUUUUCAAGAAGGUGGCAGCAGAGUUUGGAGGAAAUAUACAAUUUGGUCUUUCUGGAUCCGCUCCUCUCAAUCCAGAAGUGUGUUCAUUCUUGCAGGCUGUAUUCUCAAUGAAGUUAUACGAAGGAUACGGGCAAACAGAGGCUCUGGCUGCCAACAUACUCAAACCACCACAAUGUCACACAUAUGGAACAGUCGGUAUACCAUUCCCUUCGAACCUGGUCAAAUUAGUGCCAUCUGACAUACCAGGCCAGCAUGAAAUCCUUCUCAAGGGCGACAACGUGUUCAAAGGGUACUACAAAAAUCCUGAGAAAACGGCGGAAGUUCUCGAUGAUGACGGUUGGCUGCAUACCGGUGAUUUGGGCGUUGUAAAGGAUGACCUGUUUUACAUAGUGGGUCGUAGAAAAGAAAUCUUUAAGACGUCUCUUGGUGAGUACAUCGUUCCUGAGAAGCUUGAAGGCCUGUACAAGCAGGCACCAAUUGAUGAUAUUUUGAUAACGGGUAAAACAUGUGGUGAUUACAUCGUAGGAAUUGCGGUCUGCAUCGACAGUAAAAUCUCUAAAGAUGAAAUCCGAGAGAAAGUACAGGAAAUUGGGCAGAACGAGUAUUCAAAGGGAAAUAUCACGAAAUUCGAAAUACCACGUGAUAUACAUGUGGUAAGAGAGGAAUGGACCAUUGCUGAUGGAUUCAUCACGCCGACGGGCAAGAAGAGACGAGCAAUACUUGAAGAACAUUAUAAAAGUGAGAUAGAGUCCAUGUACAAAAAGUAAGUGUUCUAU